CAAAAAGCAAAAGCAUCUGAAGAUACUUCAAAUAUUUCGUCUUCAAAUGAAACUUAUGAGGAAAGACUCACACGGUUCCAAAAAACCAAGAAAAAGGUUAUGAAAAAUAAUUUAAAAAUUAAAGAGAAACUUAAGUGGAACACCAGUUCUUUAGAAAGCCCAACUUCAUCUAUCGAUGAAGAAGAAGACAGUUCAGAAAAAGAUCCAGGCUAUUCUAAAAAUGUUAUUUGUGAGAAAAAUACUAUAAUACAUGAAACACCACCUUCUAAGCAAAAAUUAAUCUCUAAAGAUCUUCCACAAACUUUUCCUGGUACAUCAUUUAAGAGAAAACUAGACUUUAGUACAAUGAACAAAUGCAAAUCUCUGAGCCCAAAACCUAAAAUGUCUAAUGCAAUCAAUUUUGAUGAAGUAGAGAAGAUAAUAACAACUUCAUCAUCGCCAUUCAAAGUAACAGUCAGUAAUUCUAUUCCGCAUUCUAAUAAUGAUAUUUUAACCAAAAUCAAUCGAACAACAUUAAAUACAUGGUAUGAAAUAAAAGGGUUAGUAGAAAGGAUUGAAAGUCUCGAGAAUGCACUUUUAAACAAAGGUUUCAAAGAAGUUUUCAAUGAUGAUUUGGAGAAUGGUUUAAUAUUUUCACUACCUCUAUCAAAUGAGGAAGAAUUGGAAAUCUUUGAAAAAAAACUUCUAGAUACAGCAUUUAACAAAAAAUUGAUUUCAGAAUUAUCUCGUUUGGUGCGUGGAACUCUACCAAGCACAGUACGUUCCAUCAUGCGAUAUAUGUUUAAAGACCAACUAUUAGAACAAUAUAGUUUCAAAGGCCAGAAAAAAAAAAAAGUAUUUUAUACUUUAAAAUGUUGUUCAGUUAUUUUUGACUCUAUUAAAAAAAUUAACAAAUUUCAAAACUUCAAUUCAAUUGAUGUGGAGACACCGAUCAAAGUAUUCAUUGCUGGGGCCAAAUUCAGAAAUAAUAAGACAGAACCUUCUGAAUUUUAAUUUAAAAAAAAUUGUCAAUUUAAA